UGCACGCACUAAGUUCGAUGUAGUACGUAGCAGACAAAGUGGCUUGGACCCGCGUGUUCUGUGUGUGUGUGUGGUACCAGCACGUGUUCUGGCACCGGCACGAAGGUUUCAAAUAUACUUUAUCAAAAUUCUGAAGAAUACUGCGAGCUUAUUUCAUCACUGAAGAUUAGCAAAAGCGUCCUAGGUCAUAAAGGAACUGAAUGAUCUUUCUGGCAAAAUAUUGAAGACUAUAAUUCUAUGACUACAAGUCUAUAAACUUUCGAUUGGAAAAUUCUCGUCAAAGAUAAAUGAAAAUGUAAAAAGUAAAGUUACUAAGAAAUAUCUUGUGACUAAACAAGGACCAGAAACACUUGUUUGAAACACUAGUAACUCUUUCAGAGUAACAAACCAAACAUUGUUCCGGUAAAAAUACCAAUAAAUAUAAUAAAAAGAUAUCCAAAAAGAUGUAAAAAAUAGCGUAACAGUAGCAAAUUAUGGUAUUUUCUUGUUCAGUAACAAAGCCCCUGCAAGCAUUACAAAUGUAUACUUUAUCAAAAUAAGUUUAUUCGAUUAGUGACAUUUUGCGAACUGAAAAGGGAAAACAUCACAGUAAAACAUGAAAGCUAGUAUCAAUGAUAAUUUAAAACAAGGGGGUAAACCAGAACUGAUUGAGAAAACAAAACUUGAAAAUAUUACAGAACAAAGGAAUGGCCAAUUUAAGUUUGUUGGGGAUGGCCAAUACAGGCAUGAUUGUAAAGAAAAAGUUGUUAAAGGAGACUGUAGCUAUAUAGAAGGAAAUAAUCAAAGAUCUGAAGACGACUCAAGAAAGUUCUCUGACACUGACGAAUUUACAAGAAGAAUUGAAGAAGCUGAAGCUGCUCUUAAGAGUCUUUCUGGAAACCUUGAUGAACUCCAAGAAGAUGAGGCGGAUGAGAAACCAAUGUUUGAAAAUUUGUUUGAGAAAAAGGAAGAAACCGAAAUUCCAAAAAGCCUUCAUAAAGGUAGUUCGUGGAAAGAAGUUCUUUCUCUGAGUGUUUCUUCAAAUUCGUGUUGUAGCAACGAGAGGUCACCUUCACAGUCACCAGUUACAAAUAUUCAAGAACCUAGUGACCGAGAAGCGGAUUCCCUUUUUAAAAUAACAAAUGCUUACCAGUUGAGUUCAAAUGGAGAUUUUAUUCAAACGCCAACAUUUCAAGCCCUAGAAGAUCCUGAUAUCUCUCUCCAAAAGCCAUCAACGAAAAACGGAAAACAGGACGUUUUUGAUGUUGAAAACCUCUUGCAAAUUGAACAAGAAUGUGCUUGCAUGCAAUCGUACAUAGGAGAGUCUUUACUGAGAGAAGAAGACAUUGGAGAUUUGCUUUUGAGAGAACAUGAUAUUCAUUGUAAAAGUGAGGAAAGUAACGUUUUUGAAAAGCUUAGAAAUGAAAGCCGGUAUUUCAAGGAAAGCCAGAUCCCUGGGUCGUUGAAUAUUUCCACUAAGUGCAGCACUGAAAUGUCAAAUUCGAAUGUUGACUCCAAUGUUUCAGACUUUCAGAUUUGUGAAGAUAGCAGUGUGAAUCUAACUUUUUGUACCAAUAAACAGUUAGACAGAGGUAUUACAGCUUUCUCUGAUGACUCUAAUGAGCCCAACAGUUCACACUGCUCUUCUCCAGAUAAACAAAAUGUGGCUAGAACUGCUCUGGAGCAAGAACACAUAACUCUCAACAACACACAGUGUUCACAAAAGUACAGUUUUCUGGAAGAUAACACUCAGAAUAAACUUAAUAAAGAAGGGAAUUUCGAAUGUCAAUUACCUCCUAUUCCCGAUGACGACAAUCCACUUGUAAUCGAUGAAGGAGACAGUCAAUUUUCAGAAGCGGAGAGUACGUGUACGUCUACAAUUGAUUCUAUAGCUUCACCACUAACCCAAACAAAUAUAAUCCCUUCUUCACCACCAGGUGUCGGGAACCUUACGGUUUCCAAUUAUGAUCCUAUGCCCCCAGAGAGACAUCCAAGAGGUGUUAAAGGUGCUACUCAAGGACUCAGUGGUGUAGGGCAUGCAGUAGGACCAUUGUUACAUCACAAUAGCCUAUCCAAUUGCUCAAGAAGAGAGAUCAUUGUUUCAGAAGAUUCGAAAGCGAUAUCAAAGGCAGAUUCAAUUGUGAAAUGUCCCACACCAGGGUGUACCGGUAGAGGUCAUGUGAACAGUAGCAGAGCUUCACAUCGUAGUAUUUCUGGGUGUCCAAUUGCCGCUGAGGAAAGGUUAGCAUACAAAGGAAAGAGGUCUUUAAUGAUGAAGACACAAUUAAAAAGAGAUGGAGAAUUAACUUGUAACUCUUAUAAUCAGACUGUUUGCUACUCUAAAGACCCAGAGGUUAAGUAUGACUUCUACGAAACUGGUUCGUCAGCUUACACAGCAAAAGAACUUGAAAUGUAUGGUAAGCAGCACAGCAAUCUGGGCUUUUACAAUAGACAGGGUUGGCUGAGACCGAAUUAUUUCGACGUGGAAAAAACAGAAGGAUCGGUCAAACAAGAAACGGGUUUGAAAUCUCCGUGUCAAUUUGAGCAGAUUGUGCAAAGAGCAAUCAACCUGUCAGUCCGAGAUCCUAUCCCCGCAAUGAACCUCUCACAGAGUUCUCAAAGUCUUCACCAACUGGACUUACAAAGUUCUGCUCAGACUUCUAGGAGGACAUCGUUUGCAAACAAUUUCUCACGCCCUUGUUAUCAACAAGCUCCUGAACAAACAGAGCCUGUAGAUUUCAGCAGAAGAACGGAUGCUGAACCAAAUGUCAUGACGACAGGUCUCUCUCUUUCAAACCCACCAUCCUCCCAGACGUUCUCUUCAGCCAACCACUGCCACUCAAAUAACUUAUCAGUGAUGUCUACACCUUGCUCAGCUUCUGAAAACUAUUCCCCACUAUCCCUUUCCAAAAGCCCUUCUGCUAUAACCGAGUAUUCACGUUUCUCAUACAUGUCAAAUAAUGUUAGGGAGACACAGUGCUCCAGUGAGAACCAACUGUCUAUGUCCUGUGAGGGCUUGGCCUCAAAAUACACUUUCACUACUGGUACUCCUGAACGCGUCAGGACCGGAGACGUCUUGGAUGACUGCAGAAACAUUCCCAGUAGGCUUCCAAAUUAUCUCAGCUCUUACGAUGGACCAACGUCUGAUGUAACUAUGGAAACAUGGAACUCUGCUCCCUUGAUAUCCCCAGAAGCCUUAUCGAUGCAUCCAACCAACCAGUCACACUACAACUCGCCAUCCCUUUCCAGUUUUUAUUCAUCAUCUCCUGUUGCUUUCUCUGCUCGUUCUCUACCAACAUCUCCCGCUAGUAGAUUCGAUACGCUUUCUAGUGGAACUUUGUACUCGAAUCCUGCUGGAACCUCAUCAAGAUCGCUUCCAACUUCACCUAAUCCUUCAACUGAACGUUCUAUAUGUGGAAAUAAUCAACAUAAGGAUCGCCAGAGAGCUCUCGAACCUUAUUUGUUAGAUCAUAAACUUGGACCUCCACCACACAAAAUAGCAAAAACGGUGCCACCCCGAAGGCGUGAAGGAAAAGAACUAAUUCAAUGCCCAACACCAGGGUGUCAAGGAGUUGGUCACAUUUCUGGAAAAUACACUACUCAUAGAAGUCUCUCUGGCUGCCCUCAUGCCGACAAAGCCCAAUUACAAAACCAACACCACGAUUUAAGGUGCCCAACUCCCGGAUGUGAUGGUUCUGGUCACGUGACAGGAAAUUACUCUUCUCAUCGUAGUCUGUCAGGUUGUCCACGUACCAACCGACAUAAAAUAUCUGUAUUAAGAGAAGAAAAACCCAAUGGCGAUUUAACCCGAGUGACUGGCUGUCCGAUAGGUAGUAAGACUAAAGUCCGAUAUCACCACGAACCUAUACAGACAAGCGGAAGAGUUAUCAAACCUGAAGGAAGUAGUUGCCCAACUCCUGGAUGUGAUGGCAGUGGUCACGUGACGGGUACCUUUCUUACCCACCGAAGCUUGUCUGGGUGUCCUAGGGCAGUUCACCGUGAAAAGAGACCAAGACUUUCCCUCGGUCACCAGAUGUCGCCUCCUACAGGAUCAGCAUUCUAUGAGAUGGAAGCUUCGACUGAAGUUGGUCUUCAGCUAGAAGACAAGUUUCAACCGGAACUGGAAGAGACACUGAAUAAUCGUGAACUCCACCAAUACAGAGCUAAGAUCGAAUCAGAGAUGAGCAGCUAUCGAUCAGACGUAGAACAGAAAGUUAGGGUUGCCGAGAUGGUACGCUCACCAGUUUCUCCUUCUAAGUUACGAUU